UGAAUGCAUCAGGAAUUCUUUGAAAAACAAUCUUUUAAUCAUAUCCAUCAGAAAGUAUCAUAUGAAUUGGCAGGAUUGUUUUCAAAGUAUUUUAGUCCAUAAUCUCAUCUCACAUCAUAUGCGUUUCCAAUAAUAAUGGAUAAACCCCCAAAAGCUCCUGUUCGAAAACGACUAUUUCUUCAACGACCGCACCCAAGACAUCCGAACAGCACGAAUAAUGCAUACAUUCUGGUGCUUGGACCUCCCAAUUGUGGCAAAUCGACAACGAUAAACUGUCUCUUUAAUCAUCGAGAAAUUGCCAGCGUUUCUCCGGUCGAAGGGACAAACUCGAUCCACGAGUUUAGCACAAACUUUCACUCUCAACGAAAUUUGAAGCUGAUCGACACCCCCGGAGUUGGAAAUCCCCUCAACGCAGUUUGGGACACCAAAGUGAUCGCCACCCUAAAAAAGUACAUGGAUACGGACCGAGAACUAAGUCACUGUAUUCCUAACGUGGUCCUGAUCGUGGGUCGAUUUGACGAUGAACGGCUCACAGACGCGAACGGACCAUUUGUAAAGUCACUCCAGGCCAUAAAUCUCCUAAAUUCGAGGCUAUUUGACAAAUUUUCUUGCAACGUUGUCAUCCUGUUGACCCAUUUUAUGCAAGGAGAUGAAGCCUAUCGAGCAUCCUCACAUUUUAGGCGAGACGAAGUAAUGGACCUGAUUAAAAAUUAUACCCAAUUUCCGCAAAUGCCGUACAUAAUUUUUGGAGAGAAUAGUAUUGUACGAAAAACAGGGGGUAGAAACAUGUUCAUUCGACAUCCAGAAUACGGUGGUAAAUGUUUCAACCUGUCUGAACACGAUGAUAGCAGUGCGGAGGAUAUUUAUCCUUCAAAUUUAAUUGAUCUCAUUAUCAAAAUUAGUGCAGGUUCUACCCAGGGUGCAUUGGGACCAGAGUAUUUUAGAAGUAUUUUUCAAAAUAGAGAAAGGCUUUUCUUAUGGGGGAGUUGUAGUCUGCCGCUAGUUUCCAGCGAGAGGAAGCGAUUUCAAAAAGCGUUUUAUGCCUUGCAACAGUCCUACAAAACGGAGGAGAGUAAGGAAAAAGAGCGAGAAACUGCUUUCGAUAAUUCUAAUAAUAGUAAUAAUAAUAAUAACAAUAAUGAGGAGAUUUUGAAAAUUUGAUGAAAAUAUGUAGCAUAUACAUACAUACUAAUUCUACUAAUGCAUUGAGUUAUACUAACGUGUCGUAAAUAAAGCGAACUUUUACAACAAUUUA